AUGUCUUUGAAAGACAGAACAUCAGAAUUUCAUUCCGCGGUUGAGUCGAUUCGUACCAGAUCCAUUAGUCAAGCAGGAGGUUUUAAAGCAAGAAACAAUUUAGAACACCGACGACCUUUAUUGGAUAAUCAUAGUAAUAGUAAUGGCAAAAUUAUUAAUGGAACUAAUGGUUUGAACAAGAGUGAAUUUGCUAGGAUGGCUGGAGCAAUAGGAAAUGAUAUUAAUAUCACGGCAACAAAGUUACAAAAAUUAACAAAAUUGGCCAAAAGAAAAACUUUAUUUGAUGAUCGACCAGUUGAGAUUAGUGUAUCGCUUCUUCAACAAUAUGUUCGAGAUCAUAAGAAGAAUAAUACACAAGCAAAUGAACAUUCAUCAAAUGUAGUUGUUAUGUUACAAUCAAAAUUAGCCAACACUAGUAUGAGUUUUAAAGAUGUCUUAGAAAUACGAACUCAGAAUAUGAAAGCUAGUAAGGAUAGAAGGGAGCAAUUUAUGUUUUCGAAUAAUCAACAAGCCAACAUAACUGAAGCAAAUUCUCCAUUAUACAACACUCAAAAGCGUAAUGAACAAAAUAACAAAGAUUUUCUUGCUCUUGAUAUGUCAACUGGACAAUCUCAACAAUUACAACUUAUGGAACGGCAGGAUAAUUAUAUCGAAAGUCGGGCAACAGCAAUUGAAUCAAUUGAAUCUACAAUCGCAGAACUUGGAAAUAUUUUCCAACAGUUAGCACAAAUGGUUUCAGAACAGCGGGAAACUGUUCAAAGGAUUGAUGCUAACACUGACGAUAUACAAAUGCAUGUUGAAGGAGCUCAGAAAGAAUUGCUUAAAUAUUAUGCAAGCAUUUCUUCCAAUCAUAGUAAUAAUGAUGAUGAAUAUGAAAUUGAUAGUAAUUAUUUACCAGACAGUUUAGAUGAAAAUUAUGAUCAAAAAAUAUUAAAAUUAGGUGAAAUAACUUUAAAUAUGACAGUACCUUACAUUGGUAAAUCUACUACAAUAUAUUAUCAAAAAUAUAGUUUAUCAGAAAAUUUAGAAAAAGAACUUGUAAAAAGUAUACAAGAUAAAAAUGAUAUUUUAGUAUUAGAAGUAUUAAAAGAAAAUUCAAUAAAUUUACAAAUAAUAUACAAGAUGAAAUGA